AUGUCUGCCAAUCCAGAGAUCAACCUUCCACAGACCUCUGAGCUUGGAGCUACCGAUUCGCGAAGCCAAGCGGGAAUAAGCAUAUUGCCGGACAUGCACAGGACUUCGGCACCCGCAAGUUACGAUUCCACAACCGAACCAGACAACGAGCCAGAGAAAGAAUACUAUCAUGGAAAGAACAGCGCCAGUAGCGAAUUCGCAUCGCAAAAAGACAUCCAGAGUUCAGAAGUCGUUUGGCGAUAUCUCACAUUCGACAUCGAACUUCCACAUCCGACGACUAUCCAUCCGACGCAACCCGAUCAGGAAGCUCCACCUGGGCCCCCAAACCUUGCCAGAUAUACAAACCCUUUCGAUUGGUCAGAGACAAGAAAAAGAUUCACGAUAUGCGUGUCAUGUUUCAUCACGGCGCUUACUGCGUUCUCAGCCGGAGCUUACAGCCCGGGCGUUGGGCAAAUGACGCAGGAAUGGGGUGUCAGCAGUGUUGCAGCGCUUGUCGGCAUCACGACCUUUACGACUGGCUUCGCCAUCGCGCCGAUGGUUCUGGCCCCCUUCUCUGAGAUCAAUGGCCGACGACCAGUUUUCCUCGCUUCUGGUAUACUAUUUGUGAUAUGUCAGCUCUGCUCUGGCCUCACGCAGUCUUAUGCCGGUAUGCUCGUUGCGCGGUUCUUUUUGGGUGUAGGUGGAUCUACAUUCUCGACUAUGGUUGGCGGAGUGGUGUCUGACAUAUACCAUGCUGAGGAUCGCAACACCCCCAUGGCUCUGUUCUCGGGCGCUGCGUUGUUCGGCACUUCCUGGGGGCCAUUAGUGUGUGGCUUUAUUGCACAGAACACGUCUUGGAGGUGGAUAUUCUACGUACAAGCUAUUGCAUGCGCGGCAGUGGUCGUGCUGAUGUGUGUCGUAUUUAAAGAAACCCGCGGUUCAGUUCUUCUGUCCAAGAAGGCCAAAGCUUUGAACAAGUGGUAUGAGGCCCGCGAGGCAUCCGGAUAUUAUGGCUUCAACAUCCACGAUGCCGAAAAGCCUGAGAACAUGGUAUCGCAACGUUUGAGAUGGAAAGUACGAUCAGAUGAGGAACGGGCUUCUCUCAGCAAGAUGAUAGGAGUCUCUCUUUACCGACCAUUCCAUCUUCUCUUCACCGAACCCGUAGUAUUCUGGUUCUCGCUCUGGGUGGCCUUUUCCUGGGCUGUACUUUAUCUCACUCUAGCGGCCAUUCCACUGGUGUUCCAGAGCAACCAUGGUUUCUCACUACAACAAGCCAACGCUGUCUUCGCAUCUAUGGGAAUAGCUAGUAUCUUCUCGACUAUAUUGUCAAUUUACCAAGAGAAAAUUGCGAAGAGGAACGGAAAGCUAACGGGCACUCCCGAAGGCCGCCUCUACUUUGCUUGCAUAGAAAGCGCCUGUAUGCCUAUUGGUCUUUUCAUGUUCGGUUGGACGAGCUUCCCUGAUAUCCAUUGGAUUGUACCAGCAAUCGCAAUUGGUAUUGCUACUAUUGGAAUCUUCAGCAUCUACCUUGCGACCUUCAACUUUCUCGCAGAUACAUAUCAUCGCUAUGCGAGUUCAGCACUAGCGGCGCAGUCUUUCUGCCGUAACAUGCUUGGCGGAAUCUUCCCACUUAUCACAACUCAAAUGUAUAAUAAACUUGGCUACGGUCCAGCAAGUAGUCUACUGGGAGGAAUUGGCGCAUUGUUAACCAUAAACGGAUAUGCCAUAACAACACUACGGCUCUUUAAAUGCUACUCGUGUCCACUAGCCACUAUGGACGACCUUCUUCCAUCCUACGAAAGCGUGAUGCGACGCGAUCCUUGGGUGCUCGUCGCUCCGUAUCUGCCCUCUCAAGAUCUGUGCUCUGCAGCUUUAGUUUGUCGGCAAUGGCACCAAACUUUCACACCGAACCUCUGGGGUAGUCCAGCCUCACAUUUUGGGGUCGAAAACGAUACUGUUUAUGUGGCACUCACACGGUUUAAGCGUACUUUGCCUUAUGCGCGAGCCUCCGUACGGGAGCUUACGCAUACUUUACGUUUUCCGCCAGCCCAUGCAGAGCUGUAUGAUGGACCGCAUGCAGAAUGGCUCAGAGACUGCCUCGAGCACCUGCCUCGUCUACAGUGCUUGAUCGUAGAUGGCCUGCCAUUCUUCGAUCAUGCUUCUCUCUUGAGCCUGCGACACUCGAGUUUGCGAUGGAGGUCAGCUCGCCCCACUGCGUAUCCAGUGUUCGGCUUACGCCUACUCGACGCUUCCAGCUGCAUGAAUGCAACAUCAAUGGGUCUUGCUGAAGCCUUACCACAUUUUCCAGAUCUCGUCUCAUUGGAUCUAUCAAAAACUGCAGCUGCGAGAGACAAGGCAGUUCUAUCCACUCUAAAGUACCUCCGGAAUCUAAGAGUCCUGAACCUCCGUAGCACUGGAAUCAAGGAUGAAGAGUUUUCGAUAGUUGCGCACGCAAUUGGAAGUCGUGUUAGAAGUCUUGACAUAAGCAACAACUUCUUGACAGACACUAGCGUUCGACUCCUUCUCGAGUUAUGCUUGAAAGAGACUACUAUUGCAGCGCAUACCUCUCGUGCCCCACUGCCGCCGGUUCAGAAUGCAGUCCCUACAGACGAACCGGGGGCGUUCGAGUCAGAAAAUCUUGUGGGUCAUCUUCGCAAGAAACUCACUGAGGGUUUCGUCGGUAGCCUUGCAAUAGAGGAAACCAGCGAUGUCGGAGUAUCACAUUUAUUUCUCUCGAGCAACGCCGUAACUGUUGAAGGUAUAUCGGCUUUACUGCGGUCUGGGCGUUUGCAGGUCCUGGAUGUAGGCAUACUACCUGCUGUAGUGAGAAAUCCUACUGCCGUCUCGCCAGGAUCACCGGACAACGACUUAGAGCUGCCUAGCGUAUCAAAACUCGCUCCCGUUCUGAAUGAGUAUGCUUCGGGUAACCUGAGAUAUCUGAGGAUCAACUACGAAUUGGUAACAGAAGAUGCGCCUCUCGAAGUGCCCAGAUCGCCACGCGCGGAACUCGACGGGGACCUUGGCAUAUAUAGGCCUACAGGUGCGCAUGAACUCGAAGCUGUCCAACUACCGAUAGCUGAGCUUGAUUCGCAAUCUGCGGCUGUUCUUGAGGCGCCUGGGGAUGCAUCAUACCCGGCUGAGCUUCCUGGCUCGCCAACAGCAUCUCUGUCCUCAGCACUUAUCAAAUCAACUUUGGGCAGCGCCGAUAAUGGCAAGCAGAGCGCCACAAUCGUUCCUGAAAUAAGCGUUACUGUGCAGCCACUACAGAUCAAUCGAGGCCCUGCAUAUGCCCCAGAGCCCAUGCCUGUAGAUCCGCCGUUGACUCCACUUAGCCCCCUAAGGAUCGAUGAGAACUACCAGCCUGGCUCAGCUAAAGGUGUUCCUAACACACGAGGAACUAUUGCACCACCCACAACAACUUGUGAUAGUAACAUGCCGUCCCAGCUGACAGGCAAUACUGCGAUUAGGUCUCGGGCGAGCUCCUUCUACUACAUCGAAGACAGGAAAGCUCGUUUGGACUUUCGUCAAGCAUCUCAGCCUCGACUACAUCCUGGAAUGCUUCCGAAGCUUCACACUCUUGUUCUCACCGGCGUACCAACCAUGACAAUCGAGAAGAAAAUUAUUCAUCGAAUCAUACAAUACAUCCAGGACGCGGCUGAGGAAGCCUCAAUUGCUAGGAAGCGCGCUAGACAUACAUACGUACUUCCACCGGGCCGGAGACGUAUCGUUGCAGAAGAAGAGUAUGCAUGCAACCAAUUCGCCCUUCGAAGAGUGGUGCUUGAGAUGGCGCCCCCGCAGCCAACGCCAAAGAAGAUCACCAGUAGUUGGCGGGCUUAUCCAACGAAAUCAUCUACAGAGGACAGAGACUCAGAAGCAUUUUGGGACGCUGCAGCGCAUGACUUCUCCUUCUUCGAUGACGAAGAGUGCGGGCAACCCGGUCGUGAGCCAGAUCGCACCCUUCCUUUAGCAGCUAUGGAUGGGCUAGAACUUGCACCUAGCCAUCCUGCCGUACCGACAGAGCCAAGCAAAAACAUAAUUGAAACGGGGCCGUUGCUUGAUGUGACAGGAGAGAUAGGAAAAUUUCGCAGACAAAGGAAAGCCGCUUAUAACAAUUUAGUGGCGAUGGGCGAGGCUGAACCGGAUGUGGAGGGAUACUGGCCUGGAGACAUUACAGUCCUGAGGAAGCCAGUAAACUCAGAAGCUGGCGAACUUGACUGCUAUGGCAACCGUUACGAAUCUGGUUGGUACUACCGUUGA